CCGAGGUCUCCCUCAUAGGCUCCUUAUUUCUUCUCCAUGGAAACCGAGCUGAGUCCUCCGAGUCCGAAGGCGCUCCGGCUCCAGCCCGGGGUUCGUGGCAGGAGAGGCGGUUGACAGUUGGUCGGAGCCAGCAACAGCCUCCAUGUCGGGGUGGAGGCGCUGGCGGCUGGGGCUGGGGCGGUGCGUGGCCAACCCGGCGCUGAGCUGGCGACAGGACCAAGCGUUGGGCACUACCAUGCGCAUCGUGCGGGAACUGGGGCCCACCGCUUUCGUCCUGCAGGAGGAGGAGGAGGAGGAGCAGCGGGCUGCCGAGCACAGGGUUUCCUUGGGGAACCCUCACUCGUGCAGCUGUUUAGUAUUCGUGAAAGAGAAGGACCUCUGCAAACAUAUCUGCUGGUUAUUGCUGAAAAAAUUCAAACUUCCAAGAGACCAUGAAUAUGCAUUAAAGCUGGGUCUUGUGGAAAGAGAAAUUAACUAUGUGCUUCAGGGUCGACACAUUGCUUCACAACCAAGAGUAGUUACCACUUUAACUAAGGAGUGGCAGACAGGUGAUGAUGCAUACAUUAAACAAAAAGAAAUUGACAAUGAAGAUAUAUGCCCUAUUUGUCAGGACAUACUGCUCAAGAAAAUGCUUCCUGUGACUUACUGCAGGUUUGGUUGUGGUAACAACAUACACAUAGUGUGUAUGAAGAUUUGGGCGGAUCACCAGAAAGAGCUAGAGAAAGAUUCUUUGGUGAAGUGUCCCCUGUGUAGGGAAGAUUUUGCACCGCUGAAGCUCAUUUUGGAGGAAUACAGAAACUGCAAAAGACUCAUGACUUCAGCAGAGAGAGAACAUCUCGACAAACACCUUGGAAUCCCUUGCAAUAAUUGCAGAAUAUACCCCAUUGAGGGAAAUUGCUACAAGUGUACCGAGUGCAGCGAAUACCACCUCUGCCAUCAGUGCUUUAGGAGCUUUUGUCAUUCUGCACAUACUUUCGUUUUCCGAGAGAAAAGAAAUCAGAGAUGGAGAUCAGUUGAACAGGUAGUACAACUAUCAAGUUCAGGAGAAAACCUGAAGAGCAUUAAUCCAGAAGAGAAUUCUAAAGAGGGAAAGGACAAGGAGAAGUUCAUUUGCAUCCCAAAGCACGUAAUGAACACAUUAGCAACUGUCCUGGUUAGAAAAUGUAGCAGUUUACUUGAUCCAGGUUUGCAAUGUAGACUCUGUUUGAAGACCUUUCAUCUGGGUCAGGUUGCAAGGUUCUUGCCAUGUAAUCACAAGUUCCACAGGAAAUGCAUUGACCAUUGGUUGCACAAAGAAAAUGCAUGCCCUAUUGAUGGACACGUUGUGUAUAAUCCAUUAACCUGGGAGGAUGCCCCGAAAAAAGGCAAAGUAAAUCUGUUAGAGUCUCUAGCAAAGAAUAUGCUUACAAAGCAGAUUGAACAGGAGCUUUUUAUACCAGGAACUGGACUGAUAGUCAAGCAAAUGAAACCUGGCUGUCUCCUUGAGAAACCUCAAAGUAGUCUUCAGAGGUUUUGUAACAAGACGACAAGUCCUUUGGAGUUUCAGCAGAAUUUAACUCUGAAAAGUUUCAACUACAUUCAUAUGAGAGGCACUGACUCUAGCCAGAACAGCACACCCAAUACCAGAAAUCUGAAGUUUUCUAGGUAUUGCAAAGGUCUCACUCUUGUUCCAAAGUCUCGUGCUCAUAUGGUUACACAGAAGGCCGCUAUCACUGACUUAAGAGGUGUAUCUGUAAACAGAAGUGCAAAUUAGGUUUGAAGUGCUGAACACAUUUAGGCAUAAAUCCUGUUGCACUCGGUGCAAGUUCUGGGGAAAUGUGCAUGGGAUCACCAUGCAACUCUUGGUUCAGUUUCUAAUUAUUUUUGGAUAUCUCAAGGGAGAUUAAAAUGUGGGGAUACUCCUUGAAUGUUUUUCAACAUGUUAAAAACCUCCCCACUACUAGUUGCUUUUAUUUUAAUAUACAUGUUAUUUGUAUAGAAAUUAUGUCAGUCUACACUAUGCAGAUACAAUUCUGGAAUGUUUAACUUAUUUCCAUUGAUAUAUAAACAUGGUAAGAAACAAAUCGAUUUGGCAUUUCAGAUCUUACGCAUUAUAUUAAAUCUGUUUGAUCCAGUUCUGAGCUGGAGGGAAAGGAAUGGCUGCUAUGCAUAUGUAACCCCAGCCUGAUCUGAUGCCAGCUGCAGCCUCUUCUAGCAGCUGGUGCUGUACCUGGGUUUAAAAAAAAUAAAUCAGAAAUCUCACAGAGCAGAUGUCCAUGAGGAGUAGGGAGCUGGAGUCAUUGUGCCUACAAAAAAGGAACAGGUAUCUUCAGCUAUUCCAAAAGGAUGUGUGUGCGCUCCGCUGAAUUGGAGCCGCUGCUUAAACAGCAUUUCUCUGUAAAUAAAUACUAAUACAAAACAUGUAAUGUGUUGUGGCUGAAUGAACUGAGUUGGAUGAAAGCCAAGAUAUUUCCAGCAAAGAUGCAGAGCUCAUCACAGAGAAUCCGUUAUUGCAUAAGAAAAGAUUACUGAAGUAGGAUGCAUUUAUACUUGAUCCCCUUACCUGAAUGGUAGUAGGUGUGAUUAAUUUCUAAACUUGUAUGAUUGUUUUAGGUACAUGAGCUGCUGGACACCAUUUCUGGGAACUGGGGUCAAGCUUAGCUGAUAAAUAUAUUUCUUGUUAUAGUGUUUUACUGAUGCAACUCAUUUAUUCAGCAAUGUUAAUUUUAAACGUUUACACCAAACUGCAUGUGCAUGUAUUUCUACCCGUAAAUGCAGUCCAUGAAAUGAUAUAAAAUCUCUUCAGAAAA